AUGUCAAAGCUCAACCUCUCCAUCCCCAUGUCCCAGAUCAUUGCUCACGACGCGCCCCUCCUCUCCCCCGUAUCCAUGAACGGCGACAGCCAGUGGGACCACCCCCUUUUCUCUCCAACGACGGAGACCUUCGCCUAUGGUUACUACAACCUCCCCACCCCGCCGCACUCAGAUACCGCCGCGGACUCCCCCAUCCCACCCACAAAGAUGCUCAAGAUGCGCAUGUCCCCCGACGCCGCUGCGGAGUCGGAGCAGCUCUGCGUACCCACACACCAGCUCUUCGACUCCUUCCCAGAAGCGCUCAGACCUCCUACACCCCCAACGCGCGCCUCUUCGCUUUUGUUCGAGUCCACAGCCCACCCACAGAGCAUCGCCCCGGCCUAUGCCUCCUGUGCUGCCUUCCUCAGCAGGCAGCGCAAGCGCGAGGAGUUUGAGUGCAUGGAAAUACGCGUCGCCGAGCUCGAGCAGGAAAACGCCCGGCUUCUCGCUCUUACCCAAAACGGAAGUGCAACUAUCCCACAGCCGGCCGUCCCGGAGAAGCUACUAUCAGAGGUCGAGAUCCUCAAGGCCCAGCUCGCCGCUGCUGCAGAGCGUGAACGCACCCUCAGUGCACAACUGGCCUCGACCAACACUGCAACAAGAGACUCCCCGGCGGUGAAGCAGGAGGCCUUAGAGCCCCAAUUCCUAUUAUCAUCGCCCCCUCGAUCCACAUCUGUCCCAUCAGCUCACAAAUCAGGCGCCAGCCUCGGAUUGAUGGUCUUGCUCUGUGCACUUCCGACACUGCUGUCCAUGCGCAUGCAAUCAGCAGCACCGACGAGCUUCUCCAUCCCCAACCCCUACCCGGCCUCGUCUUCGUCCUCAUCAUCCUUCGACUACAGCUCCUUCCUCCCCGGCGAAUACGAUUGGUCAAAGUACACUGGCAGCUCCCUGAUGGACCUUGAUGAAGACAGCCACAAUAGGGCGCCUACAACACGGAAGCUGGAGUUCACGGGCACGGAUGCGGCGCUGGGCGGUCUCGGCGAUCUGGACAUCUCCUUCGAUACUUCCCCCUCGGACGAUGGCAAGAUCCGGGUGCGGAUACACCCGUCGUCGUCGGCCAACUCGCGCUCGGGAUCGCCGGACGGCAUGCACUCGGAUUCACAUUCGUUCUCCUCAACAUCACCCUCUUCCUCCUCGUCGUUGUCAAUGUGGAACUCGGACUCGUCGGCGCUAUCACGGACCUCGUCGUUCUCGUCGACGGGGUCGGACCCGUUCCUGGGUGUGACGACGUCGAGCGCGAACGACUUUAUCGGGAUGCCGUUUGCGGCGGAUGGGUCGAUGUGCAUGUACGGCGCCAUGGGUGACUUGUCGGCGUAUGAGGACGCUGGGUCGCCAUUUGGCGGCUCGGAGUACAGCGUGCCGGACAGUACCUCGAUGUCGGGGAAGAGGCGAGUGAGGAUCGCGCUCAAGAGCAUGCCCCAGGCUGGUGGCGAGGGUGGCGAGUGGGAGGUCCAGAUCUGCUGA